UCCCUAUGCAUAUGGAUGCACGCAGAGCCUGUAGACCUGAGUGGAUGGACACUGCCUCUUAGAACUAGAACUUUAUCUUGAAAAUGUAUCACUGUUGCUGAAGCUCCUCACUGAGUAGGUGUCAGGCAUUUUUAACCUGCUAAAGGCAAGAAGAAGUGUUCACCACAUAGUUCAAAAGGUCUUCAACUUGCCACAGCCAACAGAAAAAUCAAAAUGAUUGAACCCUUUGGGAAUCAGUAUAUUGUGGCCAGGCCGGUGUAUUCUACAAAUGCUUUUGAGGAAAAUCAUAAAAAGAGAGACAGACAUCAUAAGACAUUUCUGGAUCAUCUCAGAGUGUGUUUUAGCUGUUCCCCACAAAAGGCCAAGAGAAGUGUCCUCUCUUUGUUCCCCAUAGCAUCUUGGUUGCCAGCAUAUCGGCUUAAGGAAUGGUUGCUCAGUGAUAUUGUUUCUGGUAUCAGCACAGGGAUUGUGUCCGUACUACAAGGUUUAGCAUUUGCUCUGCUGGUCACCAUCCCCCCAGGCUAUGGGUUGUAUGCAGCCUUUUUCUCAACCAUAAUCUACCUUUUCUUUGGCACUUCCAAACACAUAUCUGCGGGUCCGUUUCCGAUUCUGAGUAUGAUGGUGGGAGCAGCAACUGUAAGAUUAGCUCAAAAUUUCCCUGGAAAUACAGGAUCGUCCAACAACUCAACGAGUAAUUCUUCAUCACUAGAUGACUACAAGGUGACGGUGGCGGCAUCAGUCACAGUGCUUUCUGGAGUAAUCCAGGUGAGCACCUUCUCAUGUAACUUGCCCACCUCAAUCUACCAUUUCUUAAAGAAAGAAAAAGUCAGUUUCUACAAGGACAUAAGCAUGUGUCUUAUUGACAAUUUGGUACUACACUCCGUAUUCUCACAAAUAGAGAAGACUAAUAUUGCAGACCUGGUGACAGCUCUGAUUGUCCUUUUGGUUGUAUCCAUUUUUAAAGAAAUAAAUCAGCGCUUCAAAGACAAACUUCCAGUGCCUAUUCCAAUCGAAUUCAUUGUGACCGUGAUCGCAACAGGUGUAUCCUAUGGCUUUGACUUUCAGACAAGGUUUAACGUGUCUGUGGUUGGGAAAAUGAAUCCUGGAUUUGAGCCCCCUACUGCACCUAAUGUGAUGGUUUUCCAAGAAACCAUAGGAGAUUGCUUUGCCAUCGCAAUGGUUGGAUUUGCAGUGGCCUUUUCAGUUGCCAGUGUCUAUUCCCUCAAACACGAUUACCCACUUGAUGGCAAUCAGGAGUUAAUAGCCUUGGGAUUGGGUAACAUAGUCUGUGGAGCAUUCAGAGGAUUUGCUGGGAGUACUGCCCUCUCCAGAUCAGCAGUUCAGGAGAGCACAGGAGGCAAAACACAGAUUGCUGGGCUUAUUAGUGCCAUCAUCGUGCUGAUUGUCAUUCUAGCCAUUGGAUUUCUCCUGGAGCCUCUACAAAGGUCCGUCCUGGCAGCUUUAGCACUGGGAAACUUAAAGGGAAUGCUGAUGCAGUUUGCUGAAAUAUGCAGAUUGUGGCGAAAGGAUAAAUAUGAUUGUUUAAUUUGGGUCACGACCUGCGUCUUCACCAUUGUCCUGGGACUUGGGCUAGGCCUGGCAGCUAGUGUGGCAUUUCAACUGCUAACCAUCGUGUUCAGGACCCAAUUUCCAAAAUGCAGCACGCUGGCUAAUAUUGGAAGAAGCAACAUCUAUAAGAAUAAAAAAGAUUAUUAUGAUAUGUAUGAACUGAAAGGAGUGAAAAUUUUCAGAUGUCCAUCUCCUAUCUACUUUGCAAACAUUGGUUUCUUUAGGCAGAAACUUAUCGAUGCUGUUGGCUUCAGUCCACUUCGAAUUCUACGCAAGCGCAACAAAGCUUUGAGGAAAAUCCGAAAACUGCAGAAGCAAGGCCUGCUGCAAGUAACACCAAAAGGAUUUAUAUGUACUGUUGACACCAUAAAAGAUUCCGACGAAGAGCUGGACAACAAUCAGAUACAAGUACUGGACGAGCCAAUCGAUACCACAGACCUGCCCUUCCAGAUUGACUGGAAUGAUCAGCUUCCUCUCAACAUUGAGGUCCCCAAAAUCAGCCUCCACAGCCUCAUUCUCGACUUUUCAGCAGUGUCCUUUCUUGAUGUUUCUUCAAUGAGGGGCCUUAAAUCGAUUUUGCAAGAAUUUAUCAGGAUCAAGGUAGAUGUGUAUAUUGUUGGAGUCGAUGAUGACUUCAUUGAGAAGCUUAACCGGUAUGAAUUUUUUGAUGGUGAAGUGAAAACCUCAAUACUUUUCUUAACAAUCCAUGAUGCUGUUUUGCAUAUUUCGAUGAAGAAAGAUUACAGUACGUCAAAGUUUAAACCCAGUCAGGAAAAAGAUGAAAAAAUUGAUUUUACCAUAAAUACAAAUGGAGGAUUACGUAAUCGGGAAUAUCAGGUACCAGGUGAAACAAAAUUCUAAUCAACAUAUAAUUCAGAGGGAUCUUCAUCUGACCAUGACAUAAAAAACAACUUUAUACCCAGAAAGUUAUUGAUAAGUUCAUAUAUUGUAUAAAGAGUAUUUUUGACAGAAUAUGUUUCAAACUUUGGAACAAGAUUUUCUAGUGUGGCAUAUUCUUCACAUAUCUAGUAUGAAAUUAUGUAAAUAUUCUUAAUUUUAUAUCUUGUAGAUUUAUCAAAGGACAAAAAUUAUUUUGUUCAUAUGUAUUUUUGUAGCACUGACAGAUUUCCAUCCUAGUCACUACCUUCAUGCAUAUGUUUAGCAGUGUAUUGACGCCACUGUUUUGAAUGUCAUAAUUUAUACAGGUCAUACUAAUAUAUUUCCAUUAAAAAAAUCAGUUGUACAGUG